CCAAUGGGGUUGAGGAGGCGGUCCAAGAGCUCUGACCAGUCAAACACAGUCACUUUCCUUAUAAGGAAGCUCGUCUCUAUGGUAACGUGUGCUAAGUUGCAGCAGUCGUGUCAAAGUUCACUAUAUAGAGAGCUCAGUGAGCUGAUCAGAGAGAAAGCAUUCUGCCUGCCCAGCUCCUACAAAUCGCAUUCACUUCCUAACCUCCCCCUUUUUAACAUAUUUGAUCACUUUGAUUCUCAGUUCUUUUUUAUUAUCAUUUUUACGCGCAAGAAGGAGGUUCCGUAGGUUGUGAUCUUCUUUUUAUUAUUACCAUCGCUUGCUGGAGAGUUGACUCUUCAUAUCUGGCUCGACCACUAGAUUCAACGGUGCUGCUACGAGAGCGAUAGAAAGAAGAAGGACACAUUGAAGACACUGAUCUGUAUAUAUACAUAUGUAGUUGUAUAUAUAUAUGUAUAUAUAUAAAAAUACAGACAAAGAGAGAGAGAAACAGAGAUAUAUUUUUUGUAUCAGUGCAAGCUUUUUCGGGACUUCAACUUAAAAAGGAUCGCUUUUUACUGUUUCUUACUGGCACCUUAAGAGUCGGUCUCUCUCUUCUUUUUUUUUUUUUUUUGUGCUCUUUAAUCUUUAACCUCUUCUUCAUCCAUCCUUUUAUUCUUCUUUCUGAUGGGCUUCCUGAAUGGCUGACAGCAAGCUUCCCCGGACCUGGCCUCUAGACGCUAGUCGAUCUUCAGCUCGACGAAAAAUCAGUUUUAUUUAAAUAUACAGAAUAAAGAAGAAGAAAGAAUUAUUUACAGCUGCUUUACUUAUUUAUUUAUUUUUUUCAAUCUGAAAUACUACCGGACAAUUCAAUUACCUUCUUUUCAUUCAUAUUUGCACUGACUUUUUAAAGCAACCAAGAAAAAGCAAAAAUCUCUGUGCAUCUUCAAAAAUCAUAUAUACAUAUAUAUUUAUAUAUAUAUAUAUAAAUAGAGAGGUAGCUAGUUAGAUAUAUAUAUGUAUGCAUAUAUAUAUAUUGACAGAUAUAUAAACGCUACAGAAGCAAGAACAGAAGGGGGGGAUAAAGUUUCUUAACGUUGUCUGAUAGAUAUGGCAAUGGUAGUGUGGCGAGGCACCCAGGACGAUGUGGCCGAAACGCAGGGGACCCUUUCAUCCCAAGGAGGACCACUUUCUUUACCAACGCCUCAGGUGGCCCCACCAACUCCUCAAACGCCUGUGCAAGGGGGGCCCCCGACAACAACUUCACAGUCAACGCCGAGCAGCCAGGCGGGCCAACAAAACCAAACAGGGGAGAAGCAGCAGCCGCAGCACAUCGAGUGUGUAGUAUGUGGCGACAAAUCAAGCGGUAAACAUUAUGGCCAAUUUACCUGCGAAGGCUGCAAAAGCUUUUUUAAGAGGAGUGUACGGAGGAACCUGAGUUACACGUGCCGUGCCAACAGAAACUGUCCAAUUGACCAGCACCAUCGCAAUCAGUGUCAAUAUUGCCGCCUUAAAAAAUGCCUCAAAGUUGGCAUGAGACGGGAAGUUUCUCUUUUUACUGCAGCCGUUCAAAGGGGACGUAUGCCGCCUACGCAACCACAUCACGGCCAGUUCGCCUUGACAAAUGGGGAUCCACUGAACUGCCAUUCCUACUUGUCCGGAUAUAUCUCUCUCCUUCUUCGAGCGGAGCCCUACCCAACCUCCCGUUAUGGCAGCCAGUGUAUGCAGCCUAACAACAUAAUGGGCAUAGAGAACAUUUGUGAACUGGCAGCCAGGAUGUUAUUUAGUGCAGUGGAGUGGGCACGGAAUAUCCCCUUCUUCCCAGAUCUCCAGAUAACGGACCAGGUGGCUCUCCUGAGGUUAACCUGGAGCGAGUUGUUUGUGCUCAAUGCUGCCCAGUGUUCUAUGCCACUCCAUGUAGCCCCUCUACUGGCAGCUGCUGGUCUCCAUGCAUCGCCCAUGUCAGCGGACAGAGUUGUCGCCUUCAUGGAUCACAUACGGAUCUUCCAAGAGCAAGUGGAGAAACUAAAAGCUUUGCACGUCGACUCCGCCGAAUACAGUUGUCUUAAGGCCAUCGUUCUGUUCACUACAGAUGCUUGUGGUCUCUCAGAUGUGGCCCAUGUGGAAAGUUUGCAAGAGAAGUCCCAGUGCGCGUUGGAGGAAUAUGUGAGGAGCCAAUACCCCAAUCAGCCAACUCGCUUUGGAAAGCUAUUGCUUCGUCUGCCUUCACUCCGUACAGUAUCAUCGUCUGUCAUAGAGCAAUUAUUUUUCGUCCGUUUGGUAGGUAAAACCCCGAUAGAAACCCUCAUCCGAGAUAUGUUGUUAUCUGGGAGCAGUUUUAACUGGCCUUACAUGUCAAUUCAAUAAGCGUAGAAGGAGAAAAAACAAAACAAAAAAAACGAACAAGGGUCAGGGAAAGAAAGACAGGCUUAAGACUCCAAAUGUAAUAAAUCCUUUCU